AUGUUUUGCUUACAACUGUUAUACCUUUACAUACUUAUAACUGGCGUCUAUGGUCAUGUUAUAAACAAAUCUGGAGAUGAAACUACCCUUAGAAGGGAUAUCUCGUUAUUAGAUUUAGUAAAAGCAAGCAAGCUGCCGGCACAAUGGAACGCUUUGGAGUCGGCACGACUAGUGGAAGGCAGAGUUGUAUUAACGCCAAAGACUAAUACAAAGGGCUCUAUUUGGUUACAGGACCCGUUUCCUAUCAAAGACGCUUUCACCGUUGAAUGGACUUUCAGAAGCAUAAAUUUCAGCGGAAAAUCGAAGGGAGGAAUGUCAUUUUGGGUUUUAGAUGACACCACCCAGCUAGACGACAAACUUUAUGGAGGUCCAAACAAGUUUUCUGGUUUGCAAAUUUUAAUAGAUAACUUCAGCAAUUAUGGUCCUAGUGUACGUGGUAUUUUGAAUGAUGGCAGCCAGGAGUUUAAGCAAGAAGACAUCUAUUCCAAUGCGUUUGCCUCAUGCUUAAUGGGAUACCAAGAUUCUGCUGUUCCAUUCACAAUGAGAUUAUCAUAUAGCCCGAAGGAGAACCAUUUGCUUAAGUUACAGAUUGAUAACCAAGUAUGUUUUCAAACAAGAAACAUCUUGCUACCACAAAAGAAUUUCAGGAUCGGUACAAGUGCUAAUAACGCAGGUACCGAGGAAUCCUUUGAGCUAUUGAGAAUAAAACUGUAUGACGAUAUUUUAGAAAAAGCUCUUGAACCAAAUAUGAAAGCUAUGCCUCAGCCAAAGACUGUACAAAAAAUAAUUAACAAAGAUACAGGAGCACAAACAAUGAAAGAAAAAGAUAUUUUUGAUACCAAAAAGUCAGAUGUCAGUGUUCUUGACAUCUAUAAGAAAAUCGAUCAACUAGAAGGCAAAAUAAUUGGUAAUGAUGUCUCCACUUUAUUAACCUCAGUAGAUAAUGCGAUUGAGGGACAAAGAAAGAUGAAUAAACAUUUAGAUGAAUUACUUACUCAACUAAAGCUGUUUGCGCAUUUUGAGAACAAAGAUCUUCUUACAAAAGAUGAUACUAUCAUCCCUGACAAUUAUAAGGAAUUUCUAAACAUGAAUGAUAAAUUGGGUGAACUAUUGAAAGAACAAGAAUCAAUCAGAAUGGAGCAUAGAAAAAAUCAUGGUGAAAUAACAUCUACUGAUGUACUGAAUAAGCUAUUUUUAUGGAUGCUUCCUCUGAUUGGUGUGAUUCUGUUGACUGCAUAUCAUACUUAUAAGAUUCAACAAGAGAUCUCCAAAACUAAAUUAUUGUAA